AUGAUAACACUACUGCUGCUUGGCGUCGGCGUCCUGGCGCUGUACGCGUACUGCAAGAUCAAGUUUAGGUUCGCGGAGAAGAUCCCAACUGUCGAGCCGAUGCGUCCGUUCUUUGGCAAUGGGCUCGAGUUUGCCCAGAAGAACUCGUACGAGAUCUUCAAGAGUCUCACGCGUGCCUACAAGGAUAACAAGCGCAUCUUUAAGCUCAGCUUUGGACCGUAUCCGGUGAUCUGCCCGACGCAUCCUGACCUAAUACAGAAGAUCAUGACCGAGCAGGCCAGCAUGGAUAAGCCGUUCGUGUACGAUUUCAUGCGCGUCAAGCACGGAUUGCUGACGGCGGAUUAUGACGAAUGGCGCGUGCAUCGGAAGGCGCUCAAUCCAACGUUCAAUACGCGCAUCCUCAACAGCUUUAUACCGAUCUUCACUGAUUGCGUGUCGAAAAUGAUCGCCAACAUGGAGAAGCACGUGGACGACGAAAAACCAAUCAACAUGCUCGAGUUCACCUCACCAUGUACGCUGGAAAUGAUCUGUCGCACCUCACUCGGCGGAACCGUGCUGGAGCGGGAAGGCAAACAGGAGUUCAUCGAAGGGCUGGAAAUUAUCCUUCACAACGUGGGCCUUCGGAUGUUCAACGCCAACCUCUAUCCGGACAUCGUGUACAGGAACACUCGGUUCUACCAGGCCGAAAUGGCGGCCCGCAAGAUAUGCUACGCUUUCACGGACAAGGUGAUUCACGAAAAGCGAACCGAGUUCGAGAAGAAGCUACGUCGCACCGUAGAUGGCAACAAUAACAGUGCGAUUGGGGACGAGAACGGCUUCGUCGCCUUCGACGAAGAAGAGGACGAUAUGCUCAGCUACAAGAAGCCGCAGAUCUUUGUCGACCAGCUGCUCACGAUCCCGAACGAUGGCAAGCCGUUCACGCACGAAGAGAUCACCGAUCACAUCUACACGAUGAUAGCAGCCGGCAACGAAACUUCUGCAACUCAAGCCGCUCAUGCCUGCCUGCUGCUGGCCAUGCACCCGGAAGCGCAGGACCGAGCAGCGGCUGAGGUACGCGAACUGCUGGCUGACGACGUCGAGUACACGCACGACAUCCUCAAGCAGAUGGUCUAUCUGGAGCGCAUCAUCAAGGAGUCCCAGCGGCUCUGUCCCGUAGCCGCCGUGUACGGGCGUAAAACGAUCGGACCGAUCCAGCUGGAUGAGUUCCACAUCCCCACCGGGUACGUUCUGCUUCUGAACGUGUUCGCGCUCCACCGGCAGAAGGAAUUCUGGGGACCGAACGCCGAGAACUUCGAUCCGGAUCACUUUCUGCCCGAGCGAGUCAAGGAACGCCAUCCGUACGCCUAUUUGCCCUUCAGCGGUGGCCCUCGGGGUUGCAUCGGCAGUCGGUACGCGAUGAUGAGCAUGAAAGUCAUCCUGUCGCAGAUUCUGAAGAACUACCGGCUCACCACUGACAUCCCGUACGAGAAGCUGGACUUCAAGUUCAAGGUCUCGAUGCAUCUGUCCUUCGAGCACAUGGUGAAGCUGGAACCACGUGGCGAGAACGCGUUCUACCGUCUCCGACGGGUGUUUCAUGAGUUCGAGCGUCAAAAUCAGGACAGCAUAACCGCCAUUUUGCGUGUGCUUGCUCUCAUCGAUCAGACGCUAGAGAACACCAUCCAGGACUGCGAGAAGGUGUUUCAUCUGCCCUCGUUGGAGAGUGAAAAUGUGCUGUUCCGCGAGGUCACCCGUCCACUGUUGUUGCGCGUUGAAAAGCUUUGUCAGCAAAUCAGCUCAAAGGAUAUCGCCAGCAUAGAGGCCACGAUGGAAGAGGUCGAAAUGGAGGCGAACGUGUACCAGCGACUGCUAGGCGAAACGAUGAGCGACAUGCGAUCCCUUCAGCACGAGCUAGACAUUGCAGAUAGGUGGUCAUUGGAUAUCUCCGUGCCAGCUAAAAUCGAUGCACUUUUUGAUCAAAUGGCGUUAGUCAAUUCGACGAUCUGUACUGAAAUCACGGCUGCGUUCGGAAGCUUUGUCGAUCAUCAACGAUCGCUGGGAGAGACGAUCGGGCAAAAUAUGAGGCCGGAAGAUAACGACGAGCUGAUCCUAGCUGUAUCAAACUAUGUGACCUUUUUACAGAACGAAACGACACUGCUCGUUCAGGACAUAAUCGAGGAUCUGGACGAUUGGUUUAACGAAACCGACGUGUUCCUUAACCUGGUAGCCGCGGAGGCAGCGAAUCUUCCACAUAAGCUCUUGGAGUCACCGAUCGAGGAGUUUUUGCUGGGAGAAAGCUCUCUCCGAUGUCUGGCGGAAUUCAGCAACCAUGUGACGGUGCAGCGAAUGUCGCAAGAAUUAGCGAGCAUAUUGCGGUGUUUUAACGUUAGCAGCGACACAAAAAAGCCGUUCGAUAUGGCGCUACACCUGUUGAGUCAAUUGGAUAGCGACAUUCAGCUGACGUUGCGAGGAAUUCUGACCUGCCAGCAAAGUGCCAGCUUUGAGGGAUUGGAUAUUGAUGACUAUAGAAACAUCAUGAGCUGCUCGGAAGUGACCCAAUCGGUUCUGGAGGCAAUGGAAAAUUUGAUCGAUGCCAAGCUGGAAGAAAUCGUCAUGCACAUCGAUGCUUCAAUGUACUUCAACGAGCUGCAAAUGGAAAUUUUAUCCCGGUCGUCCGUGCUGGAAGGAGUGAAAAUGUUUCUCACAGCGGCCGUCGUUGUAGUGCUGCUGUUACUAGUGUUCUACUGGGCCCAGCAAGCCGAGCGCAACGCUCGCUUUGCCAAGGAUAUCCCGGGCCCAAAGUUGUACCCCAUCAUCGGCAGCUCGUAUCUGUUCUUCGGGUCUGAUGAGCGCACGUUCGAUAACAUUUGCGCGUUGUUUCGCAAGUACAAGCGCAUGUUCAAACUGUCGCUAGGCACCAACACCGCGAUCUGCCUGUCGGAUCCGGAUCUAGUGCAGCAGGUCCUCACGACGGACGCUUGUCAGAAUAAGGCAUUUUUCUACCGCUUUCUUGAGAUGGAUUACGGGUUGAUUUCGGCACGCUAUGCUGACUGGAAGAUGUACCGCAAGAUGCUGAAUCCCGCCUUCAACCAGCGCAUCCUGAUCAGCUUCAUAUCGAUCUUUAGCCGCUGUUCGGAAGGCAUGGUACGUCGGAUGGCCUCCGAAGAGACGUCCCAGCAACCGUUCAAUGUGCUGCACUACACCACCCAAUGCACCCUGGAGAUGGUGUGUGCUAGUUCGCUGAAAAGUGACAUCACUGAAGACCCACUAGCGAAGCAAGCCUGCGGAUACCUUGAGAGGAUCACGGCCAUUAUGGGUUCGCGCGUGUUCAAUGUGUUCUUGUACAGUGACCUGUUGUUUAGCUUGACGCAACGGUACCGUGAAAUGCAUAAGUUGAUCGUUGGACUCUCGCAAGUAGUGAAUCCUAUUCUGUACAAUCGUUGGGAGGAAAUCAGCAAACAAAGAGCCGAAACGCUGUCCGACGAUGACGAGCAGGUUUAUCGCAAACCGAUGGUGUUUUUGGAUCAACUACUUCAUAUGCGCCGUGACAAUCAUGAGCUUGAACUGCAAGAAAUCGAAGGACAUCUCUACACCAUCAUAGGAGCCGGCAGCGAAACGACAGCAAACCAGGUAGCAUACACCCUUCUACUACUGGCUAUGCAUAGCGACGUGCAGGACCGAGUGUAUGAUGAAAUUCGGGACAUCUACGGAGACGAUUCUGGAGUAGAAGUGACCUACGAAAUGCUCUCUGCUCAAACUUUCCUAGAGCAAGUGAUCAAGGAAUCGAUGCGACUGCUUCCCGUGGCACCGCUUAUAGGACGAGAAACAAUUGAGCCGAUGAAACUGGGUGGCUAUGAAAUUCCCGCCGGGGUGACAUUGCUCAUCAACAUUCUCAGCAUUCAUCACAACAAAGAGCUGUGGGGCGAUCGAGCGGAUCAGUUCGAUCCGGAUCGGUUCGACCCGUCGCACUACGAUGCGCGAAAAUCACAUCCUUUUAGUUUCAUUCCCUUCGGUGGAGGGCCCAGGAAUUGCAUCGGCUAUCGGUACGCGAUGUUAUCGAUGAAAAUCAUACUCACAAAAGUGCUGCGGACUUACCAACUCUUCACACCGUUGACAUUCAGUGACUUGUCGCGAUUAUCCUUCGCUAUCACGCUCAACAUUGCAUCUGGGCACAUGGUACAAAUCAAACGCAGAAUAAACCAAGUGAAAGGAGCGUGUUGA